AUGGGGGUCAGUGACGAAGAGCUUAUAGCCAAGGCCAGGGAGGCAAUGGAACAUGCUUAUUGUCCAUAUAGCAAAUUUCCGGUUGGUGCUGCUAUUUUGACUUCUGAUGACAAAGUAGUUGUUGGAGUCAAUUGUGAGAACGCAUCGUACGGUGGCACAAUCUGUGCUGAACGAAGCGCCAUCCUUUCAGCAGUUUCUAAAGGAUAUCGCAAGUUCAAAGCUAUAGCUGUUGUUACCGAACUCGAAGAACCUGGCAGUCCCGUGCGGAAUGUGGUGCAGGCAAUUUUGAUAGAAUUUGGCGAUUGCAGGGUCCUUAUGGGAUCUUCCAAAAAUGACCGGGUAAACGUAUCAAGUGUUGUGGACCUGCUGCCGAACGCUUUCUCACCGGCAGCCCUCGACUCCCAUAAAGAGGAGCGC